CUGUCAUGUAAAGACACUCAAGUUACCAUAAGUACCAAGUUACUUCAAAGUGCACACAAAGAAAAGUGACCAACUAUCUGCUGCUACAUCAGCGCUGAAAGGCAGUUCUGUGCGGACAAUUUCAAAAAUGGCUAUCAAAAACGUAUCUUUUCUGUACUACUUGAGUGAAAACAAUGAGUCAAGCAUUCAGCAUUUCUGGCAUCUACAACAGGAACAAAGUUUGCUGUACAACAUCACUCAGUUAUCUCACCUAGUGGGGCGUUACCCAUGGACUUCUUGCGCUCUCCUCUCCGGAACAAGCACCGAUGCCAUCUUGGGUGGAGAGUUGCCUGCAUUCAAGAACUACAUGGACCUGUUGGGGACUCCAAUUUUAGUCAUUGUAGGCAUUAUUCUUAAUCUCUUAGCAUUCAUUGUACUGCACCACAAAGAUUUCCGUGACUCGUCGACUAUGUUUUUCAUGGCCAUGCUAGCCUUUUCAAAUGUAAUGACCCUGUCCCUGAUGAAUGGAAUAGGCUGGCUGGUAGAAAUGACAGGUUCCCCGAGCAUUACAGCCUACCAUGACAGUAUAUGUAAAAUAUGGCAACUGAUUUUACGUGUAAUCCCAUUUUCAUCCAUCUGGUUCAUUGUCGCCAUGAUAAUAGACCAGUACAUAACACUCAAAUAUGGAAGGCCAAAGGCUCCACAGCAAAGGGGUUCUGCAAGCCUUUGCAUGCCACGCCUGGUCACUGUUUCCAUCUACGUCGGAAUGACGGUGAUCAAUAUUCAUGCCAUGUGGCUCUUUGAGGUUCUCACUCCGAGAAACAUGUGCCAGAUUCCCAGCGAGCAUGAUGCAAUUUACGUGACAGCAUGGAACUGGGUGUCCGCGACGACCUCCGUCUACCUUCCCAUCCUGCUACUGAUCAUCUUCACUUUCAUUCUGAUUGUCAGACUGUGCCAUUUCAAAGAGACUGGCUUUUCUGUGGAGGACUGGAAGGUGUGCAGAGCGACAGUAAUUGUCUCCGGGGUUUUUCUAUUGCUGUGCCUCCCCCCGACUGUUAUCAAUAUACUCCAGCACACUCUAAGGGGUCCCCCAGCCUGACUUGACCCUGGCCUGUGCCGCAUACGUGGCCAGCUGGUGCCCCCUGUUCAAUAUAGCACUGGAUUUCUUCAUCUACAUCAUCUUUGUUCCCAGAUUCGGUAAACAGCUCAUCAGUUUCAUCAAGAGAAAGAAGCUAAACCGAAGACCAUCGGAGAAGUCUCCCCAUAACAACCUCCCGAAGAUUGAAGUGACUUGUGAAAUGUCUACCCCAGACCCCAACGAGGAUAUAAAUUCCAAUGAUGGUCUAGAAAGUCUGCUAAAAGCUGAGACCAAUGGCAGUAAAUCGCCCCAGAGGACUAUGUACGCACCUACCAAUAAUACCACCAAUGAAUCUGGCAGC